GCGAUGCAGGCCCCAGGUGGUGUGCCAGGCGAGGAGGCCACCCUCUACAGGGUGGAGGCAGUGGAGGAAGGUGCUGCCCUGGAAGGGGGAGAGGUAUCGGGAAUUGGGCAGGAUGUGCAGCUGCUGGUGUUAGACGUUAUGGAGGAGGUGGAGGUGGUGGUGUACGAGGAGCAGCAGCAGGUGUCCUCGGAGGAGCAGGGCCAAGAACUUGCAAGGCCCGGAACUCCGAGUGACCGGCCAGCACUGGAGGCCCUGGCGGCCCUGCAGCUGGAGCUGGAGCCCGUGAAUAAGCAAGCCCAAAGGGCGCAUGCUCGCCUGAAACAUAAGAACUGUCAGAGGCAGACGCUCCAUCUAGAACACAGAAGCGCCAUCAUCCAGGGAAUCGUGGUUUCUGGGUCGAAGUU